CCUGAAGACAUUAUUUGGGACAAAAUCGUAAAAGUAUGAAGUGCUUAUUGACGAUCAUUAUUCUCAUGGCUAUUACCUCGACCAUUAAGGCAGAAACGUUUAAAGUUACUGAUCAAGUAUAUUUUGAUAUCAUGAUUGAUAAUCAUCCAGUUGGCAGGAUUGUUAUUGGUCUGUUCGGCGAUAUUGCACCAAAAACGGUGAAAAACUUUAUCACUCUUGCAACAACUGGAAUAGAUGGAAAAAAAUAUGCAGGAACCAAUUUCCAUCGCGUAGCAAAGAGAUUUAUGAUUCAAGGUGGCGAUGUUGAAAAUCGCGAUGGUACUGGUUCCAUUAGUAUUUAUGGAAAAUUUUUUGACGAUGAAACUUUUGAGAUAAAACAUGGACCAUUGAUCAUCAGCAUGGCAAAUAGAGGAAAGAACACAAACGGUUGUCAAUUUUUCAUUACUACUAUACCAACUCCUUGGCUAGAUGAUGACUAUACAGCAUUUGGAAAAGUGAUUAGCGGCGAAGCAGUAGUCUUUAAGAUUGAACAAACCAAAACGGAUAAAGAUGAAUUUCCACUCGUGCCUAUAAUAAUUUACGAUAGCGGAAUUCUUCCAACGAAGCCAUUUACUGUAUCAGAUAAUCCUCACGAGUAA